GUCUCUGCGCGCUUACAACGAGGUUCGUCAUUGUCUUUGAGACCACCCAAGUCGUCUCGUACAUGACACCGUUGAGAUUGCACGAUGGACGACGAAGAAUCAUUUGCCAGACUCUUGUCCCAGUCUACAACGGUUACAAAACCAUCAUGGACGCCGCCCGCAGCUCAACCUGACGAUCCAUGGGCGAACCCAUUCUCUGAUGAACCCUCUUCGAACCCUUUCGCGAGCUCGGCAUCCCCUUACCCCACGCUCUCGACCUCAGCCUCGGGCCGUGGUCCCGCGUCACCUCCAAUCAGAGCGCCUUUCGACUCGCCUACCUCUCCUAGGUUUGAAAGACCCUCUCCAUACGUUCAGCAGCUUGAAGAUGACGCUCGGACUGGGUUAGGUGCUGUACCUGAUCCUCCGAGCGUCAUUGCCGCUCGUUUAGGCGAACAGGAGAGAGACGGAUACAGUUCAAAUGGCUUUGCUGCUCCAUUUGAUUCUCCAACUAGGGCAUUCUCAUCUCAUGAUCCAUUCUCGCAGCCGCCAGCGACUUCACCGGUUGUGCAAGGGAAUGACAGCGCGACGAAUCGGAAGCUACCACCCGGUCUCAUUGAUGAAGAUUUGUUGGCGGAGAAUGACCCUUCGUCAUCCCUCAAGCGUGCUUUUGUAAAGUCUGAGCCUGUCAAGAGCAAGGCUACCGAGAGUCAGUCCCAGGUCGCUCAACCAUACGUGUUCACGCCUGCCAAGAAGACUACAAAUCAUGCGCAGACAAACGGCGAUGCGGUCAAACAGGAUCAGGAAAAGGGCUCGACAAUGGAACAGCCCGAUACUCCUCAAGCAUCAACCUUCAAGCUCACAUUCAAGCACCCAACCUCUAUCCCUUUGCCUGAGUCUGCCGAUAUCACGCCCACUGUCAGUCGGACUGUGACACCGCAACCCCCUCGACCUGAAUCGCCUACAAAAAAAACCGAGCCUGUGGAUCCCCCUUCUGCCCCUAGCUCGUCUCUCCCCACACCCGCUACAGACAGAGUAGCUGUCUCCCCACUUGACGCCCCGUCGACGGAGCAAGAUUACGGCUUUAAAGGACUGGCCAUUGGGUCUUCUGGUUCGAGCACAGCUUUGUUUAACGGAGCGGAUACGUCGACCUCGUCCAGGUUUGGAGGUCGUGGUUGGGGCGCAAUGGAUGAAGAAGAUGAUAACGGCCUCUUUGGUAAAGGCGGACCAAGCACGAGGAUCAACGAUUCAUGGACAGGAGGUGACCAAGGCUGGGGCGAGCCGGGUGUAUCGUCGCUCCCGACAGGCCCAUCGCAGCCGGUCUCAGAACCACCUGAUACGUCGACUGCUGAUGAUGACGACGAUCUCCCCUUAUCAUCCGCUGCCAAUGGUUCUCUACCUCCUCCACCACCAAAACCUACCUUUACCAUCAGCGUUGACGAUCCGACCAAAGUCGGUGAUCCGGUACGCGGUUACACUGUCUAUACGGUUCGCACUCGAACCACCUCGCCACAUUAUCGUCGAUCGGAGUUCUCUGUCCUGCGUCGAUUCUCCGAUUUCUUAUGGCUUUUCGACAUCCUGACUGCCAACAAUCCCGGUGUCAUUGUGCCUCCUAUGCCUGACAAACAUCCAUUCGGUAGAUUCCAAGACACCUUUAUCGAGAACCGACGGAUGGCGCUCGAAAGAUGCUUGACGAAGAUCACGCUACACCCUGUACUACAGCUUGACCCCGACCUUCGCAUGUUCCUCGAAUCCGAUUCCUUUGCCGUUGAGGCAAAAAACCGACCCGCUCCAAGCUCUGAAAAGGGUCUACUUGCUUCCUGGACGGGGCCGAAAUAUGUCGAACAAGAUGACUGGUUUGAUUCGCGUAAAGCCUUUCUCGAUUCUCUUGAAUCGCAGUUGAAAGCUUUGUCGAAAUCCAUCGAUCAAGCCUCUAAGAAUCGUCUCGAAGUCGCCAAUUCGAUGCAAGAUUUCGCCACGUCCAUGUCUUACCUAUCGGAUUCAGAUCUGGGGACGACCAUGUGUGCUGCACUUGGAAAGUUGGGCGAUCUCGCCGCGAGAGAGAAAGUAGCCAAUGAAGAUUUGGCGACGGCAGAAGUCGUCAACUUGUUAAACCUCUCUGACGAGUAUCUUCGAUUCAUCAAUUCUGUCCGGCUGGCAUUCGCAUCGAGGAUCAAGUGUUUCCAAAGAUGGCAAGAGAAAGAAAAAGAGACAAACAGGUUGAAAGGGAAUAGAGAAAAGUUGAGACAGCAGGGAAAAUUAGGAGAUCAAGCGAAUCAGACUUUGGCUCAGAUUGGCGAGGUGAGUCUUUCAAACUUUCGAGCUAGGCGAGCGAGCUUCAGCUUCAAACGAAUGGAGAUCGUGACGACUUUGCCUUUUACUGACGCUGUAUUCCCCUAAAACCCCCUUCUUUAGGCCGAGAGGAGAAGUCGUGAUGCCGCUACUGAAUUCGAUGCAGUCUCUCGAUUGGUGAAAUCGGAAUUUGCCCGUUUUGAGCGUGAACGAAUCAACGAGUUCAAGCUGAUCAUGGAACGACAUCUGGACCUACAGAUCAGUAAGGAGAAA